UUAACCAUCGCGAAAUCUGUGUGGAAAUUAUUAUGGCCGACCGUUAGGCCCCUCCAUGCUCCUGCCGGCACAUGCUAUGUUCGCCAUUGCUUCUAAUCAACCCAAGCGGCUAGGUUCUUUCCGACGGCCUAGAUGUGUUCAGAGAGCGGUUCAGCCCUUCCAGUAGCGAUCAGGUCCUGUACAUGUUCAUCUACAGUACAUAUGAUCCCUUGCCCAAUCCUUUGAAACCGGCGAGACGAUAUGGCUCCCAACAGCGCGGGAAUGCGACGGCGAGUUUCGCAGUCUUCGAUCCAACCACAUCAACGCGAGGUGCAAGACGAUUUGGUGCGUACACAAACAGACGAAGGAAGAAGCGAGAAUAUCUCUGUCUCUACGAGUAAUACCCAUUCUGGAUCCCAACCGUACCAUGGGGAAGAGAAUUGCUCUCUUCCUCCGAUGUCGUUUUCCACAUCUCAAAACGAGAGGACACCGCUCCGGUCGUUUUAUCACCGAUCCUUUAGGGGCUCUCUAGAUGCCGGCCAAUACUCAUCUCGUGGCGUUCGUGAAAAAACGGCAGAAUUGGCAUCACUGGCGUUAUUUAACAGGGAGCGAGAUUGUACCGACUCUGUGUGGCUGGAGCCGCAAAUUGGCGUGCCAAAUAACUUCGGUGUAUUUGUUGAUGGCCAGCGUGAUAUCAGCAGGUCUCGCUGGACGCAGAGCCAACCGGGGCAGAUCGAAGAACUCUCUGCAGCCGAUUCUCGGACAGGAGCUUUUCAUUCGCCUCCAAAAGUUAGCACUUCAGCCCUUACGACGAUGAUCCGCGAUUUCGCACCAGAUAGAAGUAAUGAUGGGCUAAGUGAAGAGCCCUUUCAGGAAGAUUUUUCGCACCCAGACCCAGCUCUCACGCUGUCGCGCGGUUCGAACGUGCCAGAUACAGAACGAACUGCACUUCUCAAUCCGUCUCGAACCAAGAGUCGGGAUUACCGCACCGCCCCAAUUGAUGUAGAAGGCCAAAUUACUAGGUAUAACCCUUUGGAUAAAUUGCGUGCUAUAUGCGCAAGGGGAGGUUCCCGGUGCUUCCAUCGCUUGAACCCGCAGGCCUGGGACAGAACGGUAAUUUGGCGGAAGGGAAUAGUUUACCCCAUCACCCUUCUUCCUGCCGUAUUUCUCGGCCUCUUGCUCAAUAUCCUAGAUGCACUUUCUUACGGAAUGAUUCUUUUCCCGCUGGGUGAGCCACUAUUCGCUCACCUCGCCCCAGAUGGCAUCUCCAUAUUCUACGUCAGUACGAUUGUUGCUCAGCUUGUAUACUCAUGUGGUGGUUCGGUUUUCAAAGGAGGUGUUGGUUCUGAAAUGAUUGAGGUUGUUCCAUUUUUUCAUAAAAUCGCGUUUAUGAUCCUCAAGAAGGUUGGCAAGCAGAACGAGAAAGCAGUUCUCGCGACCACCAUCCUAUCCUAUGCCAUCAGCUCCGUGCUGACUGGAUCUGUCUUCUUCCUGAUGGGAGCUUUCAACCUGGGCUCGCUAAUAGGGUUUUUUCCGCGCCACAUCCUAAUCGGAUGCAUUGGUGGAGUUGGGUGGUUUCUUGUCGCUACGGGGGUUAUGGUAUCCGCUCGUCUAUCUGGCAAUCUUGAAUACAACUUAGAGACUCUAAAAAGGCUUUUCCAGCUUGAUACUGUUUUCCUUUGGACACUUCCCCUUAUCGGCGCUAUUGGCUUGCUUGUGAUAAAGCGAUUCAACAAAAAGGCAGCUGACAAUCACCUAGAUUUUUCUUCUGUUCAUUGGUCAGCACUCGCGGAAACCAUUCCUGCUAUGUUCGCAUUGACGUUUUUCGGUGUGCUACAUGUGCCCAUCAACGUCCCCGCUCUGGGUAUCUCGACCGGCGAAGACAAUUUAAACGUUGAUAGAGAACUUCUCGCACAUGGUAUUUCAAACGCAGUGUCGGGUUUUUUCGGUAGCAUUCAGAAUUAUCUCGUUUAUACCAAUAGUCUACUCUUCAUCGGCAGUGGCGGUAACAGCCGUUUGGCAGGCGUGAUGCUCGCUUUCGGCACAUUUGGCAUCAUGCUUGUAGGGCCGGGUAUAAUUUCUUAUAUCCCAGUAGUGAUUGUUGGCGCCCUUAUCUACAUUCUUGGGAUAGAGCUAAUGGAAGAGGCUCUGGUGGAUACGUUAGGAAAACUACACACAUUGGAGUAUCUUACUGUGGUAAUAAUUGUUGUGACUAUGGGAGCAUGGGACUUUGUGAUUGGAAUAGUCAUCGGCAUAAUCCUCGCCUGCGUAAAUUUCGUCGUCCAAACGGCGCAGAAGUCCGCUAUCACAGCAACAUACUCAGGCCAGGUAGCCAUUUCUACCGUCAGGCGACAUCCCCUACAUGUCAGAUUCCUCAAGGAUGCGGGUAAGCAGACAUUUGUCAUUAAGCUGGCCGGUUUUCUAUUUUUUGGCACAAUUGUGAGCGUCGAGAACACGGUGCGGGGGUUGAUCGAGGAGAAGACAUUCAAGGACCAGCCGAUACGUUUUCUCAUUCUUGACCUUAAACAUGUGAACGGAUUAGAUUUCUCCGCCGCAGAGGCCUUCACGCGGUUAAACAGGAUCCUCUGGAAACGGAGGGUGCAGAUGAUUAUCAGCAGCAUUGACGUGGAAGGGGAGAUUGGGAAAAGUUUGCAGAAUGUCGGUCUCUUUGAAAAGGAGAACGAGGUCGAAAUAUUCGAAUCUCUGAACUCCGCUCUGGAAUAUUGUGAAAAUGAACUACUAAAGGUCUUAUAUCAGCGAAAAGACACAAUGAUAGGGAACGGCGAUCACACCCCUCCUCAAUUUUUAGACGUAUCACGGCCUCAACCCCAUAUACUCCCAGACGCAUUAUUCAAUUCCCCAAGAGGCCACUACCUCCACCAGGUAGCAACAACAGCCCUUCGCGAAGAAGAAGCCGACCCCGUCUCCAACAAAACCACAUUCCAAAAAUGGGACUCGUUCCAACAACCCCUCCCCCUUCUCCUCCAAACGUUUCACGGCCUAACGAAACACAACGAGGACUUCUGGUUCCCGGCCUGCACCUACUUCACGCGCGAAGUAUUCCCGGCCGACUCAGUCCUCUACCGUACGGGCGAGGACGCCACAAACUUCUACCUCCUUGAAUCGGGCAUGUUGCGAGCAGAGUACGAGUCGCCGCAGGGCAGUUAUUCGGAGCUCAUCGUCGCGGGGCGGCCGUGCGGCGAGUUGCCCUUUUUCGGCGAGACACGGCGCACAGCUACGGUAAGAACGGAACGGGAUAGUGUUGUGUGGCGCCUUGGGAGCGAGGAGUGGCAGCAGCUGAGGCGGAAGGAACCUAUGUUGGCGCAGGAGCUGAUGAAGGUAUGCUUUAAGUUGACGUCGGAGAGGAUGGAGAGUAUCACUGGAUACGUCCUCACGACUGUCUAG